UUGCAUCCGUUGACCAACUAUGGGCAUAUUGCGCGCGCCCGCGGAAGGCGGAGCUGAGGGCAGUAUGAAAGGCUCACAUGCUUCAUUUCAUCCUCCGCCUCUCUACAGCAAAAUGGCGACUGUUGACUUCAGCUCCUCCGUGGAUCCAGAUAUGGACCUAACCAGUGACGAGGAGUUAGAGAGGGAGGCUGAAGGCUUCAAAGAACAGGGUAAUGCCUACUACGUCAAGAAGGACUAUGCCGAAGCGUUCAACUUCUACACCAAGGCCAUCGACCUGUGCCCAAAAAAUGCCAGUUAUUAUGGCAACCGUGCAGCUACACUCAUGAUGCUAAGUCGCUACAGAGAGGCACUGGAGGACUCCCAGCAGGCUGUGCGGCUAGACGACACCUUCAUGAAGGGUCACAUGCGUGAGGGCAAGUGCCACUUGCUUCUUGGUAAUGCGAUGGCUGCCAGCCGCUGCUUCCAGAAGAUUCUAGAGCUGGAACCUGACAACAGCCAGGCCCAGCAGGAGCUGAAGAGUGCAGAGUCCAUCCUGGAGUUUGAGCGAAUGGCCGAGAUCAGCUUUGAAAAGCGAGACUUCAGGAUGGUGGUGUUUUGUAUGGAUCGGGCACUGGAGUCUGCAUCUGCAUGUCAUAGGUUCAAGGUGCUAAAGGCAGAGUGUUUGGCACUGCUAGGACGCUACCCAGAAGCCCAAUCUGUUGCCAGUGACAUUUUGCGGAUGGACUCCACAAAUGGUGAUGCACUGUAUGUGCGGGGGUUAUGUCUGUACUAUGAAGACUGUAUCGAUAAGGCUGUGCAGUUUUUCGUUCAAGCACUGCGCAUGGCACCAGACCACGAGAAAGCCCGUCUAGCCUGCAGAAACGCUAAAGCCUUAAAGGCAAAGAAAGAAGAAGGGAACAAAGCGUUUAAAGAGGGCAGCUAUGAGGAAGCUUAUGACCUCUACUCUGCAGCCCUGACCAUCGACCCAAACAACAUCAAAACCAACGCCAAGCUCUUUUGCAACCGAGCCACUGUUGGAUCCAAGUUAAAUAAACUGGAGCAGGCCAUUGACGACUGUACAAAAGCUAUUAAACUUGAUGAGUCCUAUAUUAAGGCUUAUUUGAGAAGAGCCCAGUGUUACAUGGACACAGAGCAGUAUGAAGAGGCCGUCAGAGAUUAUGAAAAGGUUUAUCAAACAGAAAAAACUAAAGAACACAAGAACCUUUUGAAGAACGCCCAACUAGAGCUGAAGAAAAGCAAGAGGAAAGAUUAUUACAAAGUUUUAGGAGUGGAUAAAAAUGCAACUGAAGAUGAAAUCAAGAAGGCCUACCGUAAACGAGCCCUGAUGCACCAUCCAGACCGACACAGUGGAGCAAGUGCUGAGGUACAAAAGGAGGAGGAAAAGAAGUUUAAGGAGGUUGGGGAGGCCUUUACCGUGUUGUCUGACCCUAAGAAGAAAUCUCGCUAUGACAGUGGCCAUGAUCUGGAGGAUGAUGACAUGAACAUGGACUUUGAUGCCAACAACAUCUUUAAAGCAUUCUUUGGUGCGCCUGGUGGAUUUAGUUUCGAAGCUUCUGGACCUGGAAAUUUCUUCUUCCAGUUUGGUUAACUUGACAAUUUUCAGCAUGUAUGCAGUAGUUUCACAACUAAAAUCUCCUAAAAACCGGAUUACUCAUUCAUCCCUGCUCUCUGUAAUACACUAUGGUGGAACAAGCCUUUGACCCUACAGUUGGACCUGCAUCUGUGCCAUUGACUUGUUUUACUGCUUUCGCACAAAGACAACAACGGCAGGGGCGCGACCAUUCUGUACCAGACAAACAUGCACUGCACACGUCUCUUUCUUACCAGUGCCCCCUUUUGCCUAUUGUAAAACAACCAGUUUUAGUUUGUUUUGUUUUUUUAAAUACUGUUUCAUGUAAAUUCACGGCCAUUUACUUUCUUAUUCAAAAGAAAUGAAGAAACCAAUAUAAUUGAUCAAUAACGAAGUAAGAUGAUUUCGUUGGGUGGAAUGUUUUAUGAAGGUGCUACAAGGCUUUCUUGAAACUGAGUUUGAGUAUUGAGUACAGAAUACUCUGAUCUGUUUUUCCCCUCAUAGACCACUUCCUCCUCCUCAAGCAUAUCUGAUCGCAAACCAGUCCAUCUGUAUCCAAAGCAUGACAAUUACAACCAUGAAGUGAUACAGGAAUGUGUUACUGCUAGGGACCUAUAGGUUUUUAAACAUGUAUAGGUCUGUAAUUUCAACAGUUUAGUUAAAGUUCUCAGAAAACAAAAAAAAAACACAUAAUGCUGGUUCAUUGUUCCCCAUUUUCAUCAACUGAUUCAGGCGCACGGAUAACUACUGCAUACAAAAGUUCAGAGAGAGAAAGUUCUUGCAUUUGGGCACCCCUCUCUAUAAGGUUUAUUUGUUAAUGUUGCCAUUCAAUCCGUCGCUGCAUUGUACAUUUUACUGGAAUGUAAAGUGUUUCUUUUGUGUUGAUAGUUUAUGACUGUUUAAUUUUUUUUAACUGAGAUACACUCACUUUUUUGAUAUGUAUAUUUAUUGUAAAUUUGCUGGAUGUGAGCGAUGGAUGGAUGGAUGGUCUUGAAAUACACCUGGAUCAGCACUCUUAUAGGUUAACCCCAGGGCGAGAUUCUUACUCUUAUUCGUGAUUUAUUUCUGAAUUGAGAGUACAUCGGUCUGGUUAUUUCCACAGUGAAUGUGUAAUAUAGAUCUAUGUAAAUUUCAGGCAUGAUCAGUGAGCCAUGUUUAUUGAUCUCUACCAUUUUCACUAAAGCCUUUAUAUGUUCCACAAUAUUGGGACUUCUCUUGCUGUAUUUGGCCUGAAAGUAUACCGUGUACCCAGUUAGAAAACAAGUAAUGGUAAAGCCUUUUUUUCUGGAUCACAUUAUUUUGAACGAUCUUCAGUGUAUUGAAAAGACAACGUCCAUGCUUACCUUGCUCACUCUGCAGGAACAGUCUUGACUAUGGACCGUUUUUAAAAAAGAAAAAAAAAACAUGUAAAUAAAGUAAGCCUCUUUGUUUUCCCCUUCA